AUGGAUUUCGAAUACGAUCCGGACGGACCUUCCGCGCGCUUUGACGACCCGAAUCUGCCCUCUUGUACCGCCUAUGGUCCCGACUUAUUUGGAGAGUUGGUUGGUUACGAGAUGUUGGAGGCUGAGGUGGUAGCUCCUUGGUCCUUAGGAGAGCUAGGUUACACGAACGAAGCGCAACACGUGCACACGGACGGUCGCAUCGAAAGCCAGCAACACCUACCGGAUUACUACGCGUACAGCCCGCAUACGAAUACUUGGGAAGACGGUCUGCAGGAUAUUGAGAGUUUCGAUUGGGCGAGCGAUAAAGACAACGAGGUGAACGCUAGUGAGCUGUCAAACAAGAAUCAGGGCGAGGAAGAGGUUGAAGCUACCAGUGUCGCCGAUACUCGAUGCUUGGAUGACCAAGGUCAGAAUGCUGGUCCCAUCGAUCGCGAAGCCCCAAAUCUCUCUGAAAAGGUAGAUUCGCCGACCACUCAACCCGAAACUCCUGUCAAAAAGCCGAGCAAAGCCCCACUGUCUGAUGGAACCGCAAUCGUUCCCACAGAAUCCAACACGAGCGCGGAACACACACAUCCUACGUCGCCAGCCUCCAAGCUUGGCCCGGAACGCGAAAAGACGGCUUCGCAUACGAACAUACUUCCACAUAUUACCGAGAAAGUGGAAUCUGGCCUGCCAGCGAUCGAUGAGAAGCAUGUCGAAGCCCCAGAUCUCAUGGAUAUCGAUGACCUCACCAUCGUUGCUGAAACCGAGCGCUUGAACAUCGGCCCUCAGAUGCAAGAUAACGUGGCUGCCGAAGAGGGACCUGUUGAAACUUACCCUAUACCAGUCCUCCAUGAUGCUGAAGGUAACAUGCUUUCCGAGUUGCAAUCUUGUUCUGGCUCAGAAGAUGACAAGGCUGCGGAGGCAUCAACGAUCACCCUUGCACCGGCUUCUUCAAGACAUGAUAGCCUCAUGGUGCACAAGUCAAAUCUGGAAAACUCUUCACAGGACGACACAGCUUCCCAAAAGCCACGGACAGGCGUGUCGAUGCAGCCAAAAUUGCAUGUAACCUCAGAUGAAGUACAACAAACGCCGCAUAAUCCUGGUAGUGAAUACGAUGAAGAAGCUAUUCAGAGUGCUUUGGAAGCAUUAAGCCAAAUCCGGACGCAGAAAGAUCGUUUGGAUAAUGAAGAGCAGGUCGAUGACGGCUCCGCGAUGCAAAUUGAACCUGCUACCGAACCUCUGCGAUUGCCGCUAGAAGAGCUUCCUGAAGUGCGAGACUCUCCGGCACACUUGAAAGCCGAUGAGGCGCCGGAAUUCAGGUCUGAACUCACAACUUCCGCCCUACCAGAUUCUUCCAUGAUCAUUGAGGGUGACUCGCUAAGCCCAAAAUCGCCUGAGGCACUCUCGCGUGUCCAAGAGGAUGUCGAAGGGCCAUGGCAAGCGCAGUUGCGGGAUGCGGCGGCCGACUCACUGCCUAGCGUUCUCUCCGAACCUUUGCCCUCAAAAAAUCGUGAUCAUAGCGAACCAUCGAUUAGCAAAUCUCCGGAGAUCGCAGCUGGAGAGGCAUCGGUACAAGCAGGUCCAUCACUCGCGGGUCUGACGUCGGAGCUGCAGUUGGAAAACAAUGUGGCCUUACCGCCCCUACCGUUCCUAUCUGAAGACAAAGUAUGUCAUGAGAAAUCUCAGAUCUCGCCUGCUGAAGUGCCCGCGGAUGAAGAGAACGCAAGUGCGGCGAAAUUAGCUCAUAGGCUUUCCAAGCCUCCAACCCCAUCCGACGUAGAGCCGAAUACUGCGGUUGACGACAACACCACUGAACCCGGCGUCGAUGACAGUACCAGUGUGGUAGCGAUUCCCGAAGAAGAUCGGAUGGAAGAUGCAUCGUUUGUCCACAACUUGGAUACUACUCAAGACCUUGGUUCUACAACGGCAGUAGCUGAACCAGAAUCUCAGCCUGUUCACCCGCAUAAGCGAUCGAAAGCGUCCAAGAACACAGCGAGCGUUUCCGAAAGCGAUUCAGACGGCCCCCUCAAGAAAAAGCGAAAGGCUAAUGUCGCUUCCCUUGCUAAGGCACGUGCUAUCAAAGCUGCAAACAGGAAGCCUAGCAAAGCUCUCAAAGACCAGGAAGACGAAUCUACGCCACCGCCAGCUAAGGGCAGACGUGCUGCGGCCAAGUCGAAGAAAGAGGCUACUCAUGUGGAUAUUACCAACAAAGAACCGACUCUAUCAGCCAAGCAUGGAGGCGCAUUGGAACAUACCGGAUCAUCUGCAAAAGCACCCAUCGUAGUUGAAUCGGAUGAUGCCAUCAUCAGUGCUCAAUCUGACCAGGGAGGCGACAGUGCCGACAUGGACGAGCACUACAGCGACGUCGAGAAGCCGGUCACACCUAGCAAGCAAACACCCGCCGCGGAGAUCGUUCUAGGUACACCGAUGACGAGACCCUCAGUCUCGAAACGUGAACUUCGGGACCUUACUUCGACCUCGUAUAGACAGCAUCCAUCAAAGGCAAAGCCUAUAUCGCGUAAGCUGUUUCCACCGCAAAAGCCCGAGGCUCUAGGCGAACUCAUGUCAAGCAUGCCAGCUUCUGCAGACUCGCCAACUGUUCCAGUCAGUGACGCUGACUCUGUUGAUCUCUUUGGAGACUUGGGCGUCCCUGAUACCACUACCAAGGCACCCAGACGUCCUGCACCAAAGCCUAAGGCUACUCUAGCGAAAGCUGCGAGAGCGAAGAACGGUCCAGCAGCUCCAGGGCAGACGAAGAAAAUCCCCGCUAUUCGUGCUACCAGAAGACGCAAUGCUUCGCCCAAAAAGGAGGGAAAGACCAAGUCUAAGGAUGAGGAGGGGUGCGUCCAAUUCACGGAGCUAAAGAUCGAUACUGAAGAAGCUAGCCCAGAGAUGGACGUGCCCUCUCCCCCAAAGCCCCUCAGAAGGACCACCAAGCAGAGCAUUUUGGACGAGUCUGAAGCCGACGAUGAUAUACACGAGAACAACGGCAAUCCUGAAAACGAAGUUGAAGACGACGAUGAUGAUUUCGAAGACGCGCAAGAAACCAUCGAGGCAUCUAGCGACGACGAUGACUCACAGGACGGCACUCCCCCACCGUCCAAGAAGCCAAAGCUCAAGAACAAGCCCCUAAUGCUCGGUGGCCACACCAUCCGCCAAACCAGGUCUCGUGCCACCGCCACCCCAGCUCGCAGCAUCGCUCCCAAAGCAGCAACACACGCCAAGAACAAGUUUGGAUUUACACCUCCCCUAACACGACAGGCGAAGAAAGCUGCCAACGUCCCUACCGCACCAGCCCCAGCACCAGCUAAACCUGCCCCGAAGGCUAAAGCGCCGGCAAAGUCCAAAGCGGCCACCGCGCAGGCUAAGCAGCCUUCUGUACGCAAGACGCGCCAAGCGUCUGCGAUGGAAGAGGAGGAUAAAGUCAAGUCCAAGAGGAAGCUCAGGAGCGACGGUUGA